GUCUGCUGGGUGAAGGCUGCUUCCUGAGAAGGAGGGCUCUGUUGCUAAAGACCUGCUUGCCAGUCAGGAAAAAGAGGUCUUAAAGCAUCCAGCCUCUCCCCUGUGUGUGGUACCUGAGCAGCGAUGAGCCGCCCUGUGCCUGCACUGCCAUCACCUGGACUGUUGGCUGAAGGGAAUAGAGAAGUUGGAAGCUGUCUGUCUGCAAUUUCGGCUUUGCAGUACUGACUCAGAAUGAGGCAAAAAAGAAGCAGUACCCGGCAGCAAUGCACACCAAACCAGAUAGCUCUGCAAGAGUUAUUUGCUACUGCAAAUGGAUUCAAUUCUCUUCAACUGGAAAAUGUUCUUCAGAAAUGACCUGCAUGUUAUUGUCUCCAAUCUCCCCCAGCCCAGGGCAGCAUGGAUGAAGCCAGAAGUGAAAAUCCGUUGUAAUAUAACACCAAUUUCAUAUCCUUGUAGCUCUUCUGCGCUGGAAAGCAGGACAAGUACCUGGAGCGGCCAGAGCAGCGUGCCCCAGCCUGGCCCUCACCCUGCACACCGCUGAGCAUCUGGGGCAGCUCCACACAGAUGGCACAGCCCUCUGCUAACCUGCAUGUUUUGCCUUCCAACAGAUCAAAGGAUAACCACUGCUGACCUCUGGUGAAAUACCCCACCAAGACACGAAGCUGCAGUCUACAGAGCUGAAGGUCUGUGUUAAGAGCGUCAUCAGCAGGGGAGCUCCUCCAGGCUUGGGAGGUACUGAACAAAGGCUUUGGCGUUGAAUGGGAAAACCAGGUGUUUGUGGAAGGUAAGACUGUAUCCCUGCACAAGGCCAAAGGGGCACAACAGGCACAGACCUCCUGGGGGAGGCUCAGCUUCAAAAAGGUCAGGAUUCCUGCUCUAAUCAAAGCUGACCGAUGCACGAAUGCUAUGCUUAAGGCCGCUGCUUAAAUUAAAUACCUGGAAAUGAGAUGCUGACAAUCUCUAGGUUUCCUCAACAAAACCUGUAAGUCAUCUAUCUUGCCUACAGUGUUAAACAGACCACUGUGGUUUGUGAAGUGGCCAAGGAAAAUACUGCCCUGUGUUACCACCGAGGACCAGAGGUCAGCACACUGGGGGAGAGAGUUAUUUGGUACGAUGCUCUUGCUACAUAAAGUAAGAGAGAGAGCUAUUUCUCUAUGGCACUUUUAUAACGUCUGUGCAUUCUCAAUACAGCAUCCUGCUAAGUACUUCAGGACUUAUUUACAACUGCUUUUCCCUUAUCUUUCUUUAAGUAUAUAUAUAUUCUUAUAAAAAACAACAAACAGGUAUCUGCUCCAUUUUGUAUAUUUGAUCUUUAAAAACUGUGCUCCAAGUAAAAAUCCAUUCCCAUUCUUUUGGGAGUUCGGUCAGCUGGAAGGUCAAGAUGACGCUGACUUAUACCACCAAUCAAAUUAAAAUCUUACAAAUCAGAAGGUGAAGUUAUGAAAGCAUUCAAUGUUUUACAGUGGAAUUUAAGAGCAGGCACUAAUUCUCUUCCCAUUGAUGCCAAAGACUUCUGCUUUCUUCAUGAGGAAGAGAAUUAGGCCAACUCAAAAUAGGCCAAUCCAGUAUUUUCCUUCAGUGCCACACAUAAAAAUGAAAGAUGACAUCUAAAUUGCAAAACAAAAUUCAAAUAAAGUUGCAAGGCUUCAGGAAGCAAUAAGAGAAGGUAACUUGAAGUACCUUAGUCCAGGUACCUCUCAAAAUGGCAUGGAAGCGUGCCCUGUUACUGGCCUCAUGAAGCCAAUUAGUAGAGGAUUAAUUAAUCAGCUGCAAGAAAAGAGUCUAGAAAAGCAGACUCAUCACAUGCGUGCUCAGUAGGCUGUUUCAUAGCAAAGUAGCCCUCUGAUUUCUCUUUUCAGAAUUCAAGCACUCUGUUUUAGAGAAGCUGGAUUACCACGCACUGACAAAAGCAGCUCUAAGCCGGGUAAGAGUCAAAAACAUGCGCCUGUCUUCUCGUAGCAAGGCACACACUGGGGGUAGAGCUGAAGAUGAGUACAGGACUGCUUUCUUCCUGAACUGAACUCCUGUGGGUCUGUGCAGGUGCACCUGGUGGUGGCACCCAGCAUCGCUCCCCGUGCCCCCAUGCUGGCAUUGCUGCCUCUGGCACAGCUGGGAGAAGGUAAGGUGCUGCACUCAGAAGUGAGGUUCUGGGUUGUUCUAGGAAAAAACAAAAUGUAUUCUGUGUUUACCACUGCAUUUAAGGCCUGAUCCUGCUACUUACUUAUCUGGAGCUCGGGAUGUAGGAUUUGCUGUGGGAGCUCUGUGCAUCCUGCAGGAUGGUGCUUCUCAGCACAUGAAGAUGUGAGCGUGGCUUGGGGCUGAGAUGCGGGCUCAGUGCAAAUGACCAUUGUAUAGACAGACAGCAGGCUGAAUGCAAUUAUGUGCUGCCCCAAACUUUGCAUAGAUUUUCUGCAGUUCUGUGUCUACAAAAUGUCUGCCAGAAAAAAAAAAAAAUCUUGAGCUUGGGAGGAUGAAGUAUCACACGUGUAUUGUUCAUGUAGCCAUGGUAACCUACAAAUGCCACCAGUGUUUCCAUUUCAUACACAAAUGAGGGGACAGCUGUGGAGACCACAUGUCUGCCAAUGGAAUAAUAUAUGUGAACUAGGAUGGCUUGGCCAGAAAAUUACAACUCAUUUAUAUUAAUCAGGGCUUCAAAGAACGGCCAUCUCUGCAGAGAUAAAGUCCUCGGUAAGAGGGAGUGAUUUUGUUUCUCAGAGUGUUUGGCUCUUUAGUAAAGAUCUUCACCAUCCUCCUACUUGGUGAUUUAAAAGUAAAAGUGCUGUGAGCAGGCACUGCCCUUCUGUAAAUGUCACUUCACUUUUUUUUUCUUGGUGGGGUCUUUUUUUGCUGCCUGCCCUCAGUCUGGCCCAGCCCAAAGCCCACCCGGGAAAAGAGCAGUUCCCAAACAGGCAGAAAUGAGCUCAGAACUCAAACCUGGCUGCCAAAGUGAGAAAACAACAACUUUUCGUUGGCUUUACUCAAUGAUAACACUAACAGAAAUGAAAGCUUCAGAACAAAUACUAUACAUUUUUUUAAAGUUGUAAAACAAAAUGAACUCUGACCUUUUAUCAUGCCCAGCACUACAAUCAACAACAAUAAGAAGGACAAUCUAGCAAACUCGACAGUACAAAUCAAUGGCAUUUUCUGCAACUACUGAGCUGCAGUACCGGCAGGGCUGUGAUGCACAACGCUCUGGGUGCCCCCAGGAGCACUGAGCAGCAAAACACUGCUCAGCAAAAGUUUCCCUGGAUGCUGCAGUACCACGCUGCUAUAGCACCUCGAACAAAGGCUGCUGCAUCGGGGCUGCCACUGCAGGCAGCCAGCACUGCUCGGCGAUGGUGUGAGCUUUCAUUUAAAGGACUGCGUUUUCUAUGUGAUGUGGACUGAAAUGCAUCAUGUGUGUUUUUAAAGCAGAGCUUCCUCGCUUUCAGCUCAGUUCGAGCCCUGUUAAACCAAGAGGAGCAGAAGUUUCUUGUUGCAGCCUGUUGGGAUGCUCGCAGCAGGAAUUUAUUCACGUUCAUUACGAACAAACAAAAGAAACAACAAUGCUUUUUCACAGUUAGCGUUACACUGCCCUUAUCCUUUUGUAAUCUACACAACUUGAUACAAAGCCCCACUACUUUCAAUAGUCAGCAAUAUUAUUCAGGUCCUUCCUAGCUCAAUGGAAGAUACUUCACAGCAUCCCACCAACUGACCUUUUGAAGUCCUAAAUGCCUGCUGCACCGGGUGUUUUUAUAGGGACUACGUUCAGUUUCACUCUGACAAAUGCACACUUCAGCCCAACCCUUCAGAUGCCCAUCGGGGGCGAUGUCCAACUUCGGACAUCUGAAGCAUCUGCAACAUCACCUCGCGUGCACCUCAGUCCCUCCCGACGAAAAGUUUAUUGCCUCGUUCAGAGACGCGGCUUUGCUUUACAGGGCACCUUAAAGCCUGCGAGGAAGAGACCGAGGGCUUCACAGACCGCUUUCGUUCGAGAGAUUCUAACGGGGACCACGGAGCUCCUUCGGGACAAACCCACAGCGGCCCCCGCGCGCCGUGAUUUGGGGCGGAUUCCGGACCCCUCCCCCGUUACCCAGCGGGAAGCGCUCCCCGAAGCGGCACCAGCAGCCCGGGGACGCCCGCCGCGCUCCGCCCGCAACACCGCGCCCGACCCGCAGCCCUGCGGCAGCGCGGCCCCGCUGCGCGCGAUUUUCAGCCCCGCGAGCGGCGUGCGCCGGAGCCAGCGGGGGGCCGAAAAGAGGGGCGGAACCCCCCCCACACCGGCACCUAUCGGCACAGCGAGGCGUGCCGCCAGCAGCGCGGAGCGAAGCGCGCACGACGCCGGAGGAACCCGGCCUCGGACCGGAGGUGGCCCGGCGCACACUGCGCCUUUAUCCCGCGCUCCAUUGUUCCACCGAGGGCUCCUCGUCUGCUCCCAUCGCUCCGCGUGAAUGGAUGAGGCCAGACAGCUGCCGGGACGCGCUGCCAUUCGCAUGCAAAUCAGAGGGGGCGCGGACGCGCGCUGCAAACUUCAGCCCGGGGCGCGCACCCCAGAUAGGAAAAUAACAACGGCCAGACGCUACGACAGGGCCGCUCUGCCCACCGCGGACCGCAAACUUUCCACCCUCCCGGGCAUCCUCGUAGCGGUCCCCACCGCGCAUCCCCGCCCCUCCCCAUCGGCACUUACCGGCACCCGGGGGGGCGCUGCCCGCGCAGCCGCUCCUCUCCCCCACGCAGCGGCGGCGCCGACAUCCGCGGCGGGAGAAGGCGGAGGGACAGAAGGGAGGAGCGCAGCGCGGCGCCGCGCUGCCGCCCGCCUGCCCGCCCGCUCGCUCUGUGCCGCCGUCGGCGCGCACCUGGGUAGGCGCUGGCGGUCAGCUGACGGGCUGCGCUCUGAUUGGCUGCCCCGCCGCGGCGGCACCAUCUGCGCGGGGCGGGGCGAGAGGAGGCCACGCCCACUCCGCCCCGCUCCUCCCCACGUCGCCCCGCCCCCGCGGCGCGCUGCUGCUGGCGGUGCGGGCGCAGGGAGCGCGGAAAGCUUUAGAACGUCCUUGCGUGCGCGUGUAAUCCCUCUCUCUGCACGUAUCGCAUCCCUAAGAUGCUGGAGGGCCUCCUGCAGCUCAUCUGUAAGGAGAGGGAUCCCACCCACGCCCGCAGCCACCUGCGGGAGGUGCAGAGGGCAGAGCAGGGCUCUGCUCAGCACGGCCCAGGGGCGCAGCGCGGUGCCCAGGAGCCGCCCCCCCCCCCCACCCCCCCGGCAGCGCUGGGAGCUCGGCGGCUCCUCGGGGCACGGCUACGGGUGGCGGCGUGGGUCCGCGUGCUGCUCCUUCGCUCGUCAUCAGGUUUCAGAGUCAACAGCUCUGACGGGAGGGCGUGAGGCGCCGCUUCCUGCUCCCGGCGCUGCUGGCAGUUAUCUGUGCGCUCGCGAAGCUGCGGCCCUGCCGGCACGCUGCGAGGGGAAGCGGCGCCGCCGUUCCGCAGCGCUGUGCCCUCAGGGCUGCCGGCUGACCGCCACCUGCCGCGUGCCUCCUGCUCUCACUGCCUUACGAAGUCCAGCCCAAGUGAUGCGAAGGACAAAGGCGCAGAGCCAAAGCGGUGCGUGCUGUGGGGUAAAGCAUUGCCAGCAAAGGCUGCGUUUGGUUUCUGCCCUCUAAAGGGAAAGAAACUUUCAUCUGUGGAGCAGCUGCUGGCCGUUUCUAGUUGGGGUGGUUGGAGAUAGAGGAGAUCGUCCUGCUGGUGAGCAAAGCGGUGCUGCUCACUGAACCGCAGCCGUGUGCCUAUGGCUGCUUAAAUGAGACUGGCGUGUAAGCUCGGAGAAAAUAGGAUGCCACAUCAACCCAAAGAGCAACCCGAGCCUGAAAUUCGAGGAUGUAAGCUGUCCAUUCCUGUUGGGAACUGGAUAUGGUCGGUUCCCGUUCACUCCCACUUUCUGUUUUGUCUCUUUUGGUUACCCUGGUUCGGAUCUUCUGACCUGUAUUUUUCGCUCGGCUGUGGCAGCACAGAGGAGGUCGGUGCUCUGAGCUGCUGGGGCUCAAUGCCAGAGGCCAGCCGGCACCUUACAGCGUUGUACGUGUCAGCUUUUCUUCGUACCCUUAAAUCAUUAUUCCCUAUUUCUUUUUAUUGUGCAUUUAGCCACCCCAUGUGAAGGCUGUGGGGAGAGGGUGCUGUAUUGCCUCCUUCCCUGUGCACUUCAUUAACAUAAGAUAAUGGGAAUUCUGCACACCUCAGCAGCCUUAAUGCUUUUAUUGACAACAACCCCAACUAAGCACGGAGCCGGCUGUUAGGUGCGAUGAUUUUUUCCCCUCAAUCCUUAUGUGAGAGUUGUGCAGUCCUAUAGGGGUGUUGGCGGCACGCUGCCCUCAGUGCCUGUCCUGGCGUGCUGCUGGGAUGCCACCGUGAUCCCUUUCCAGGAAACGGCCUCAAAAUGGGCCAUGCGAUUUAUGGUGAGGAAGGCUUACAAUGAGGUAACAAGAAGUUAAAUGCAUAACGAGUACUGUCUUUGGUUAAUGGCCUGGAUUUAUUCUCGAGGCAGUGAUUUUCAUUUUUUUUUUUUUUCUGAAAGUCCAAAAGGUCGUUCGGAUAACAUUAAAAGUGAAGUUUUUCAUAUUCAAGGAAAUUGAAUUUUCAGAAGGAACUCAUAAAUGCCAUCCGAAGAGCCGUGCUGCCUUCCACAGCAGCUGCGCUCCCAUCAGUCCGGAUGCUGCUUUCCCAUCUCUCAUUUAUUACUGAUGUAGAAGUAAUGUCACAGCUGAUGCUUCCUCUGUGUUGUGAAUGGUUUCGGUUCUUUUCUGUUUCAGGGCAGGGAAUUUAUUGUCCCUCUCUCCACGCAGCGGCUCCAUCCUCUCACACAGCGUUAGCUGAUGCCAUCCUCACACACCUUUUUGCAGAAUUCACUUUUGAAUCCUCAUGGCCCCAGUGCUGCCGUGUUCCUCCCGGUCUCUUAACGUGUGUGAGGGUUUCACACGUGCUGGCAGUGCCAUUGGCAGUGAGGCUUGUCUGGGCUUUCAGAGCGCUCACGAUCUGUUCUGUGUGCACUACGCUAGAGGAGAGCUGCAGGUUUGUAGCAGAGGACAAACGUUUUCCAUAUUUGAUUUUCCUAAGCAGCUCAGCACUUGUCUGUCAUUGCAGGCGAUGCUGUCUGUGUUCCAGGCUUCUGCUGUUUGAAAUUACACACCCAACAGGCCCCUCUCUCUGCCAAGAUCCAUGAGCAACUUGUGAAACGCUCACAAAUAAACUUUUACACCACAGCUUGCAUGUUGGAACUGCCAAGCAAGCAGGAAUGGCUGCAGCAGCCCUGCUUUGGUGCGGCUCCCUGCUGGGACCAGCAUCACCUGCAGAAAUGCAUAGGUUUGUAGGGGUAACGACUGGCAGCUUGUAGGUUUCUUAAAAUUCAAGCUUCUGAAAUGGUGCUGUACUAAGAAAAUGCUGGCUUUGUUUUUUUUUUAUAAAAAAGUUGGAUUUCUUCUGAUUGCAUAGAAAAGCUUGAAAGGCAUAAAUGUGAUGAGCCUAAAACCUAUAAGGCAAACAACAAGGAAGUGAAAUACGGCAACCACUAAAACUUUGCAAUCUGAUGCCUGCAUUUCUAGGCAGGUUUCACAACAUUAAGACAACAGGAACGAGAAUAGUGCUCAGAUGGGAAUUUAAAAAAGAAUUUGCUCCUGCAGACUGCAAACGAAUGCUUGGGUGUGGUGGAGGAGGUGGAAGUGGUGGCUCUCCCAGCCUGGCGCUCUGUGCAGUAGUGACGGCUCCAGGAGCAGCUGCUGCAGGGCUGCUCGGACUGAGGGGGAGCAUUUGUCUCUGGUGUCACCUCCCAUGAGCUGCUGCAGGAAAACCCCACGGAUGCUUUCCGGUCAGCAGUGCUCAGGCAGUGCCGGGUGCUCCUCCCAGACACUCUGGCUCACGCAGCCUUGAGAAGAUGACAGAAAAACAUGAGAUUUCCCACCACGUGGACUGCACGGUGUCCUUUUCGACCACCUCCUUGUUCUUGUCUUCUCUCCUUCCAUGCCUUCUGGCUUCACACCCUUCUUCCUCCACUCUCUUCACAUCAGCUCCACUCUUCAGCAGUUUUCCUGGGUCAUCUCCAUCUCCGAAGGCAUGUUUAGGUGCGUGUGAUGUUUGCUGCCAUGUGUGUUUGCACCACAACUGCUGCUCUUCAGACCUUCCAAAGGCUCUCGCUGGCGUACCUUGGACAAUAACAAAACAAUGCAGCUCUCCGUGACCUGUCGUGUGUCACUGCAUUUCUUCUCUAAAGCAGACAUUAAGCUGCUUACUGCCCUGAGUGUGUGCAUAAUCCAUUACCCUGAACUGUGCUGUGGGACUCCGAUAUGUCUUUCUGUCAAGAAGCGGUGUCAGGUGGGAAGGUUUGGUAGGAGGGCUUUUACCUAAAAGAAAAGAGAUGUGGUGCCGGGCAGGUGGGGAUCUGCUGCCCUGUGAUCCAACAGACAUAGCUCCUAACCAAUGCGAGAUUGAAUAUGUCUGUAAAAAUAGCAACAGUCAGCUGGAAUUUUUGGAAGAGGGAUGAUUAUAGCUGAAGGCUCAUUCGUGAGUUGAGAAAGAGGUAUUGCAGGUUGCAUCUCGUGCCAACAGGUUUCUACUUUGCUGCCGCUUUCUGUUCGUGAGCUGUGAGGUUUUUUCACCUGGCUCUGUGGAUGCUGAGUAUUUAUUUUCAAAACUGCAGGAGCGUGCUGGAUUUAUUCGGGAAGGUACCAGAGCUGCACAUGCAAAUUGCCACUGAGCAACCAUGUAAGCCAAUGACCAAUUACAUCAAUAACUGCUUAUUUGCAUAAUGCACUCCUACUUAUGCAUGCAGAUAUAAUAAUUGCAGGCACAAAUGGUGUAAGCGAUUGCAGGUGCAAAAGUGUGUGCGCAGUCACGUGUGCAUGGCCACAAAACCCAUCUCUGUGUGAGCAGCUCUUGCACCAUUCUCCAUGGCGCUGGUACACGAGAGCUGAGAGUUAGGGUCUUUGUUUUGGCCCGGUGCAGCAUUUUACCUGCUGAUUGGGAUUGGUUUUUUCAGUAGAAAUAAACCAGCUCUUCAGUAGCACCGGUUAUUGUGACUCACCCUUCCUUUUGCUGCCAGUUGUCUGCGUGCAGGCAGAGCACAUCUUUAUGUGGGGACUUCUGUAAUGAGGAGCUGGGAUGACACCAGGCCGUGUUUGCAAAGCAGGUCAGUCACUUCACACACGAUUCCACCUCACUUCUCGAAUGUAUUAUUAAUUGCGAAGCUUUUCCUUUUGGUUGAUGUGUUUUCCCAGAUGAUCUGCUGUGUGAAUGUUUCAUGAGGAGGGACUCUAAGCUCAUUUUAUCAUUUUGCUAGGAACCCCCCUCAAAGCUUCUUAGAAAGCCGGAGAGCCUGAAAGAAAAUGGGAGUGUUUAAUUGCCAGCCUAUCUUUUGUAUUUACUCUGAGUGUAAAAGUGGUAACACGCAGAGCGUGAAACCCCUUCUGCUGGAUUCCCAUCACGUGCAAAUGGAUGAACGGCCACGAAGGCUUUUCCUCGUGGCUUCUGACAGCAGUGCAGGCCAUCAGGAGCUGCUGCUGUGGCCUCCUGGUGUGGGGCUGCUGCAUCCAGGCCAGGGCGCACGGCUCAUGGCCUCAUGUGCCUCUUACACAGAGGUGUGAGCUGUGAGCAGCUGUGCACAUCUGCCUGGGCACUCAGUGCUUGGCUGCCUCUGGCUGCUCUUUGCUCGUCACAGGGACAAAUACCUCUUACUGCUUUUUCUUCUUUAUUUUCUUUUCCUGUACAUGCAUAUGGAGGAAGCGAUUGUGAGGAGGCCAGUUCGGAGCUGAAUUUGCAGUUCCUUAUGAGCGGGGUAUGGAGUCAUUGUUCCCACCUUUGGGAGGAAGGCUGGAGCCUUGUCAUCUGCCUCAAGGACCUGCGUAGGUCAGCAUUGCAUUUUACACAGACUGAAGCCUGUUUGAGAUACAGCUCUCCUUUACCGGGACAAUAAAGUGAGUACAAAAGGGCUCGCAUAGAAAAACCUCUUGUGGCACUCAGAAGAAAAAUCAAAAUGAAGAGCUGCUGUAGAUUUUAUAUGCAGUGCGUGUAGCCCUGCUCCACAAAGGCAGGUGCCUGGCGUUGCUAACUAGUGAGAUGCAGUGACUGCUCUCGGAGGGGCUGGACGGCAGGGAUGCUACGUGUGAGCCCCAGCCUGGCAACUGAAGCAUUAAAGCACAGGUAACUCAACCCAGGCUGUCUGUGCACACAGGGCUGAUGUCGCUCUUUGACUCCAUUUCCUUCGAGUGAGUUUGUAUUGCUUCUGAUGUGUGUGCAUGAGAGCAAGUGCAACCUUCCUCUCUUCUAACUCGUGUUAAUGCCACUCGCUUGGGUCUGCUCACUACCCGAGCACCACUAACAUAUAAACAACUUCUGGGUUGGUUUCAGAACUGCUUGCAAUACCAAAUAGUACAAUCAAGUGUUCCUUCACACCUUCCUCAGCCUCUGCUUCCAGGGUGGCAGCUGAAAACCAUGCUCUCUUUUCCCUUUCUACUCACCAAGAAUGUUCUGCCCGUCUCAGGAAUUCAGUAUUUCUUUCUAUGUCCUUUUUUUCCUGCAGCUUGUUUGUUGAGAACCUUCUCAGUGUGAAAUUAACUUUGAAUCUCGUUAAACUGAUAAGGUAUUGAACUGGCAUCUGUAGAUCUAAAGACCUGCUUUAUUACAGAGAAAUAUAGGAAGUUAUUUGGCCAAAACUGUGAUAUUUCUCCCAGUAUUUUCAUGUAUUAACAUUUGAAUAUUGAAUCUCAAUUACUGUGGCUUUUUGUUUCUGAUUCUGUGUGGGGAAAAAAAAAACCAAAACACUCCAUAGUAUGUAAAGUGUAGGGGAGCCCUUUAACUUUCAAGUGGGUAGCGACACAAAAUCUUUACUGCAUGUUUGCUGUACUGUGGCAUGUUUAAAAUAAUAAUAAUAAUAUACAAUUGUCCUUUUUUUUUGUUUUGUUAUUCAUCUAGCUCCCAGAGAAAUGCUUCUAUUCAGCAAAAAACAGCUAUUUUAUGAUUGGUACCUAUGUUGGUGCUCUCCAUAGAGGCUGCCAGGGCUGAGCUGGCCAGGAUAUGGCUUCUCUGUGCGGAUGGAACUGCAGGAAGGAGAUGUGAUGCAUUGGGGUUGUGUUGUGCUGGGGUUGCAAUGUAUUGGGGCUGUGAUGCGUUCAGACUGUGUUGUGCUGGGGUUGCACUGGGGUUGAGUUGUGUUGGGGCUGCGACGUAUUGAGAGGGGUUGGGGUUGUGUUGGGGUUAGGGUUGCGUUGGGGGUUGGGGUUGGGUUGCAUUGGGGUGUUGCGUGCGAAGGACAUGAACAGUGCCGCCUCCCCACUUCUGUGGGGAGAAGUUGCACGUCUGUCUGGCACUUCUCUGCAAGACCGAGUGCCUGAUGUGCUCAGAGGGCGUGAAGGUAAAGCAGGUCGCUUUGUCCUUCCCAAGCGUGGGCAGGAUCUGAAGCUACUGUAGAUGACAGGCUGUGUUUUUAUCAAUGAAUCAGUGAUCUAAAACCAAAAUCUGGUUCUUGUGCUCAUGUAAUGCAAUGGGAACUUCGGAACCUUUGCGCUUAAUCAAUGGAUUCUGUUACUGUGUGUGUGCUGGGGAGGCAGGUGGCAUUCUUUUAUAGCAGAUACGAUGAUAGUUCUAUUUCCAACCAAGCACGUGUUGAUUAAAUUAACUAAAUAGUGGAGAUCUGACUUCCCUCACAGGCAGGUUUGGCAUUGGAGAUGCUGUGGGGAAGAUGCCUCAUGGUUUCACUUUGCAUGCAAAAAUGACACGUGAGCAGUGGCUGAGGGGCUAUGGCUCUGAUGGAUGUCCACUUCCACUGCUUGCUUCCAUGGUCUCCAAAACGUGGCUUUCUCUCCUUUGAAUGCAGAUGUCAGCACAGUCUCUGCUGUAGUCGUAGUCCCCUGGGACAGGGAGAAACACAAAGAAGAAACUGAGAACUGUAUUUCUCGUGGCUUAGCCUGAACCGAAGCUCUAUAAAUAGUAAGAUAAAUAUAAUUUGAAUUCAGUUUGACCUGAAGUGGCAGCUGUGACAGAGCAUGGCACGUUUGAGAGCUGGGUACAAUUAUUUGGAAUUGCUAAACGCCGUGCUUCUGUCGUGACCUUUCGAUUGCACUGAAGCCAGAAGGAGCUCCCUGAUUUCAACUUCUGAACUGCAGAUCACCCCAUUGGAAAGAGACUUCAGAAGCUAUUAUAAUCACAGGGAAUAUUUUAAAGGGUGUGGAAGCUAUGAACAAAAUAUUUAUUUUACACACUUGUCUGCAUUUAAUCCAUAAAUCUGUCUACUACGAUAGUGUUUUACUGGUGUAGAUGAGGCAAGUAAGCUGAGAUCAUAGCAGACAUGUCCUCUAAGGCUUUACAGAAAAUCAUUGCUUUUUAAUCCCUUUAUCCCUGUUAUUUCCUACCACUGUGGAAAUCCAGCGGCGGGGAAAGCUGGCGCGGCGUAGGACAGAUGCAUAAUGCACAGUGCUAAGCAGGCAAAAAUCCUUCUGUUUUUAUAAUGCUCCAAGCACGUUAUACAUGUCAAUGUUAGUGCCGUGUGCCCUACAUAAAUAAAAACAACUUACCAAUGCUCAGCGGGGUGUUACACAUCUUACAGCUAACCUCCGUAUGCGCUGUCUGGUAUCAGUGAGUAAGCUGCUAAUUAGGGUUAGCCAGGAGUGCAGAACGGGGCCGAUUGCAGGGCAGGCACCGACCCAGCACGUGGCUGCACACUGCAAGUUGAACAGUACCCGAGCUCAAGGCUGGCUUUUAUUUUCUGCAUUGUUUCCCUCUGCAUAAACAUCAGGAACAUGCUUAGACAGUAGAAUUGAGCCCGGAUGUCUGGAGGGCAUCUGGAGGUGUUCAGGUGUGUGAUUGCUUCCUGUCUGCCCACCGCAGCGCUCUCCUGUCUGCAGUACAAACACAGCGCUGCUGGAGGUGUGGGUGCUGCGGGGCUGGGCAGGAACGUGGGUAGCAGUGAGAGGCUGCAGUGUGCAGUGUUUGGGGAGGGGGAGUUCUGAAGGAUUUUUGAUGGGUAGCUUACGUGUCUGUUAGGUGAGAGCACAGCGGUGGCAGUAGAAAAUAAGGAGCGUGGAGGCAGUGUCAGUGUGAGAUUUCAGCAACAAAUAUGUGUGUUCUUUUAGGUAGAAUGACUUAAAACGGUUUUUACUGCAUCGCAUUCAGUACAGAUCACACGAGUGAGCGGUCCUUGGGCUGCCCUUACCCACCUGGAGAAACAGCUGCCCCAGGAAGGGGCUCUGUGCCUACCCUGGCAGCAGUCUCCCACUCAUUUCCCUAGAUAAAUGUGAGUGUUCUGUGCAGACUCCAGCAGGAUGCUGUCCCACGUGUGAGGCCAGCUUUGGCGGGUUGUAACCCUGUGAGUCUUGCUUGUUAUUUAAGGGUGUGGGGGCUGCUGGCUCUUGGGCAGUGAGUUUGUGUUUGUGUGCAUUGGGAUGGGGGCGGAGAUGUUCCCUGUCACACCAUCAGAACCAGAGCUCUGGUGGCUGAGGGAAAAGCAAUGAAAUCCCAUUCUAGGAUUUCAGAGAGAAGGUCCAAGGGUGCAUAGGUGGCCAAAGCGUUUGGAGAGACACACAUGGGCACGUGUGUGCUUAACAAGAUUUGGUACCAAAAAAAAAGAAAAGAGGUAUUUUUGCUUUGAAAAUCCCCCUGAGGGCCCCGAUGUCUUCAUGGGGAGCUGUUUGCCCUUGGGCACAAGCCCCUCUGACACCUGGUGGGACAGCAAAAGGUAACGGAGAAGGCUUGAAAUUAAAUAAUGCCUGUGGACUUCUUAAGCGUUGCGUUGAGCUGAACAGAGCACUGUGGCUGUCCCCUGAGGAGCGCUGGGACAGCUGUAAGGGCAGCUUCUGUACAGCCUGCUCCCAUAACAUCUAAUUGCUUUCAUAUCUAUCAAACACUAAAAGCCUUUCUUCGGAGUUGUGCGUUUGUUUUUAAAUCAAAUAGAUUUAUUCUUGAUGUCUCGGGCACAUUAUUGCAGUAACCUCAUCCUUGGACCAAAACUUUGGCAGAACACACGUAUCUGUAAUGAGGACUUUGUGUUCUGUGGAGGCUUUAUUACAAAAGAGGAUGAACAAGUAUAUUAGAAAGAAAGGGGAGAAACAGGGAAGACUACUUUUUUUGGCAAAGCUUUGUGCUACAGCUCUCGUUUCUCUGGUUGCAGCUGCCUUCAGGCGCACAUCUCAGUCCCUUGUUAUGUUGUGCUCAACUGUUGAUGCUUCCCAGGUUUGCUCUUUGGUGAAACAGGCACGUGUGCAGGUUCCCCAUAAAAAUGGCCGGUUUGGGUUUUACCAGGAACUCUGGCACUUCUCCAUUAUAAGAAGGGAUUACAUUUUUAGGGAGAAUUAACAAGGCAGGAGUAGUGAAGCACUUGAAAUGUCCAGUUUAAUUCUCUCUCUUCCUGCAAACAAGCUCACACGAGCAGGUUUUUCAGAAGUCCUGAAAUGAAAGCUUCCUGGAAGAAAUACAUUUCCCUGUGGGACCACACAGCUCUCAGUCCUGCCUCCGUGUGAAGGUAAGAAAGCUCUGUUUUCAUUUACUAUUUAUGAGAUGUGCAUUCGUAUUACAAAGUGACCAUAGGAUUCUGGGCUCUUAAGAAUCUCCAAAUGAGAUGGAGCUCAUUACUUUUUAAUGUAAAAAGGAUUAUUGUGAUCUUAGUGACAGGAUAUGUGACCUCAGCUAUGUGUCUUGCUGUAGGAUAUGUACUGAGGCUUUUCCUUUAGGGAGGUGAUAAAGCACACGCAAGUAUUUUCCACGUUCUGUUCAGCUUAUAGAGAUAUUUAUUAGAAAUAAAACCAAAGGAGAUGUAUAUACAUAUUGUAAUUGCAGACCAUGACUGGUGAAUUCAUGUGAAUUUUACUAUUGAGAUAAAUGCAGGGGCGCGCUUUCAAAAUAAAGGCUCAUAAUUGCAUAAAGGCUCCUGUCUCCAUGGUUGUUCUCACGGUCCCAAAGGAAAGCAGAGUCUGAUUAUCAGGGAAUCUCCUGUGAAUAUUUCCCCAGUAAAUUGGGAUUUCCUUUGCAGAUGAUGUUCCUGGGUGUCAAGCCACGGCCCUGCUCUGGUGGCAUGUGAGGUGUGAGCCUCCAACUGCCUCUGGCUGUACUGCAGGUGGGAAGCUCUCUUGUUCUUGUGAUUGCUGUGCAGGUCCCUCUGAAGCAUGUUCAUUGUGUGGGGUUCUACAAGGUGUUGGAGAGGGGCUCAGAGGCACCCAUGGGUGUCUGCACUCUUCUCUGUCCAUCCAUGUGUUCCAUUGGUGCUCUUCCGUUAAAACGACACUGCAGAACGAAUGCAAAGCUGGCAGAAGUGAAAGGGUUUAUGAGGGAAGCCUGUUUAAAUGUGUUUAUUAACCAGAAGAGCUGCAUUUUCAACACUGCUGAUUGCUGUGCAGACACUACUCCUUGGUUUUGCACACUCAAAUGGUUGCUGUUUAAAAUGACUUGUAAAUUAUUAACGUGUUCUCCCAGCAAUCCACAGAAUGACUGGAAGCACAGCACAUGAGCUUUCUGGCUUUAUUUCUUGCAAGUACUGCUGGGCCUGUCCCCUUCCAUGCCCGUCUGCUUCGCUGAUGAAAGCUGCCCUGGAGCCUGCAGGUUGCACAUAGGUUGUGUGCACAACGUGGACGUUAUUUAAAGAAAUGCCAACAGGUAGGGAAGGUGUUUUGCUUUUGGGAGAACGUGCCAGAUGGACAGCAUGCCAAAGACAGCUCAAGGUAUUGCAGAAAAUAGUAAAUUAAAAUCAAAAUGUCACAGGAGAGAGGUGCAGCCCGGUUGAGUCAGCCCCAUUGCACGUCACUGUCACUGCUUGGUUUUCUAAACCAGAAGAGCUUGAAGUGAGGCAGGACUUGUCAAAAUGCCCUUAGGGAUUUGGGUGACCUGCUCCCAGCGUGCUGCCAGCCUUUAGGCAGCUUUCAAAACCCCAAACUAAUUUCCUUCACUCAGUUCUUCCUCUCCUGAGCUCCACAAGUGCAGUAAUUGCAAGCGUUUGUUCUGAGCCAUGCAAGUUUGGGCUCCACCGCUUUUAUUUACGGCAAUUAUAUCUGGCAGAUAAUUUCUCAUAAACUCAGGAAAAUAAGAAAACUCCUGCAAACUUCACAGACAGAGAAAUAGGGCAAAUUGAUCAAAUAAGCUGCUUCCUACACGAUCAAAAAUUACUAUCUGCAUAACAUUCUGGAACAGAAAUAGCUCUGAUGAAAGUAUGAAGGCGAGCAGGAACUCGCUAGAGGCAUCUGGGCAGAGUUUUAAGGUCCUGGUCCACUUCUAGCAAGGAGAAUCUGUUUGACCUUGAUGUGAGUUACCUGACGUGGCAGUGGAGCUGCAGGAUGGCAUGUACCUUCUCCUCCCCACUGGAAGCAUCCUGGCUUGUUAUGGGAUGCAGCCUUGGAAGGACGGAAUCCCAUUUCUGCCCUUCUGGUUGAUGACCAAUCCCAGUCCUUUUAUGCCAGCAGAGAGAACUUUCCUUUCUUUCCAUGUAUAAAAUUAAACCAGAGUGUUCAAAAUACAGCAUGUGAGGUUUGUCCCACAUCUCGUUUAAGUGAGCGUGUGGUGGCAGUGAAUCUGAAUUGCAAAUAGCUGAACUCAGGUACUGGGUUUUUCUGAAAUGAGCUUUUAAUAAUUAUUGAGCUUUUUCAUCUCUGCUGUGUAGCUUAAUUUACGUGAAAAAUUUGAGUUUCAUCUGGAAUUCUCGAUCUAGUGGUGUUAACAUCUCUGAGAAAAGUAAACGGUUGCUAGGAAUUAGGCCUGGGCUUGGAUGCUGCAGCUGAUUAACACCACAUAAGGACAAUUAGCAGCAUUUUUAGGAGAGGAUGGGAAGAAAUUAUCGUGUGCAGUUGAAGCUAUAAAGAGAAUUUUAGGGCGGUGUGUAAUUAGGCAAAUUAGGAUCGGGCAGUGGCUUUAACAUUCGUACCUUGAUGAAAUGUAUGUAUGAAUUCCUUAAGGAAUAUAUGGGUUCUUUAAUGACUACAGUCUUCUGUAUCAUCUCAAAGGUGUAUUUACAAAACAGUUUGGAUGGCAGAUUCAUACAGUGUUAACAUGACAUCAGUUCUGAGUGGUUUGGCAUCGCCAGGAAAGUUCACGAGGGCUUCUCUGCCUGAACCCUGAAUUUGUCUCAUUUGGAUUUGGAUAACAGGAGGAGACAGCUUGGGAAAUGGGAGCAUACAUCUCGCCGGUCUGAAGAGAGCUCAUAGCAGCUCAGGAUCUUUCUGAUUUUUAUGGUAAUGUCUGCAUUCAAUCCCGAUGCCAUUUCUAAAAACCAUUUGCGUGGCUGUGGUUGAAGGGGCUGCCAUAGGGCUGGGGAUGCACUGUAAAGUAAUACAAACGUAGCUUUCCCAUUUCCCAACCUAAGGCAUCAUUACGUAUGACCUUGUGUCACCUUAUGCUUCAUUACUAAUCAUCAGCUGAGGGCUGAAGAGAGCUUUAUCUGUGGGCUGUGCUGCGGAGAAUGGCAGCAAAUGGAGAAUUGGGAAGGGCUGCUCAUCGGUCGUGGCAAAUGUUCUCCUUUGGAACCUCUGUUGUGCUCCCAGGCUCGUCCCUAAGCCUAGAUGGAGAGUAACGUUACCAAGGCUCAUAUUUUCCUUCUUGUCUGCUAACCAGAGGUGACAGGCUGUGAGCUGGAAGUGCUCCAUCUCCACUCCCUCCUGCAGCACCUGGGCUGUGUCCCAGCCAUGCACCAGCUGUACUUGCACUGUGUGCAGCAGGUUUUGGAGGUUUGCCCUUAUGGGACAUGGGAUGUGGCUGAGCUCUUGGGGUGUGCCGGGACCAUGCUGGAUCCAUGCAGUGCUGUGUCCAUGCAGUGCCAGGUCAGUGCCUUUUGGCUGCACCAUUUUGCAUGGCUGGUGGUUUGCAGAUCAGAUGACUUCUUCCCCAUUUUUGUCAUUUUCUCUGCACGUUUUCCUCUCUGAGCUUGCCUGAUAUUCCAUCCCCGUGAGUUUCCCAAACAAAGAAGAGCAAUUAUGGCCCGUGAUUAAAAGCCUCAGCAGCACACUGUGUGCGAAUCAAGAUAACCAUUUAUCAGCACCAUUCCCUUUUUGCCCAUGAGGACUCAGGCAUGGUUCAGGUUGCAGAAGCAUUUGCUUUGCUGUAAUUCCGGCACCUGUUGGUGCGAGGUGGUGGAAGGCAACGGGAAAGCCAUGGGUGUGCAGUGUGAAACAGGGCCUGCACCACGGGAUGGGAGCCAUCCCACUGCCCAGCGCUGUGCACUGCGUGCUCCUGCAAUGGGGACAGCCGAGUGACGUGGCUGGGAUCCAGGCUGUGUGCUGCUGUUGCCCUUCCCCGGGUGCCACAGCCCAGCACAGCGGCCACUGCUGCAGUCACACCGGAGAGAUAACACGGAUGUGUGUCUUUUAUUUCCAGGGAGCGUUCUCAGCAGUGUGGUUAUCAGCACUUCUGUCAGGAGCUGGAGUGCUCCAGCUUGGGCACUAAAAUAAAUGAGCAAGCCCGCUUCGAUAAAAGAAAGGGGAGAAAAAGAUUCUCAGUGUCACCCUCUGACAGUGCUGCCCACCUCUGCCCGUCCCGGAGUUUUGGAAGGCACUGUGUGUGUGUUUCACUGGUGUGCCCACAGCUCAGGAGGCUUCCUUGAUUACCGUAAGGCUGAAUGGAUCAGGGUGCAAAACACGUCCUGAUGGACUCCACCAUGAUGUCCCCGCACUGCUGGUGCCAGCCCGGUCCCCACCAAUGGGACAGGCACCAGGGAGGUCACUGCUGUUUCUCUGUCACAGUGAGAUUGCAGUGCCUGAGAUGCAUGGGCUGUGUGUCAGCAGGGGGCCAGGGGCUGAGUUGUGGCUCUGCUGGAGCUCAGACCUAAGCAGCUGUCUCCCAUCAAAGCAUGAAAACUUCUGUUUUUCUGUUCUCAGCAGAACACCGUGGCCUCGUGUGCCGUAUAUCACACUGGAGGGAGCUUCCAGAAUGCUGCCCUUCAAUGUGUCUUUCAUGAAUUUUUAGGUACUUCAUGUAUUUUUCCAAUAUUUCUGCAUCACACUGGAUGAUGUUACGUAGCAUUAAAUAUUUUUUCAUAUAAGGUUACUAUGAGCAAUGUCCUUAGAAGUGCUUGACCAAAUUCAUUAUGAAAUACAUUUCAUAUAUAUUGCUAAACGUUAUUCUGCUGUAGAAAUACUGCACAGAAUUCCUUUAUCUGUUCCGAAAGUUCAAAUAAUUCUUUACUUCUUUUAAAAUAACCUUUGCAGUGUUUUUCAUCAAAGCAAGUGAAGUAGCAAGAAUAAUAGAUGCUGUAGGAUUUGUGUCCCAUAUAGCUUCCUGCCUCUCCGAAUGCUUUUGGAGGCGCUGAUUGAUUUGCAACAACUCUUGAAAUGUCACCGGGAGUGAAUGAGAAAUGCACUGCUCUCAUGUAUGUCCAAGUUGAAAUUGGCUCAAAGUUUUAACCUUUAGGGAUGUUCUUUGUUUUUUUUGUUUUUUUUUUUUUCCUUCUUCUUUUAACUUUUCGCGGCAGCUGAAUAGCUGGAAAGAAAGCAGGGAACCAAAUGUGUGUGGAGGAAAUUAAUAAAUUAUGCCCUUGUUUUUGGCACAUUUACAACAGAUGUGUUAAAACUUCAAGUCAGUGACAAAAGGGGAGUGCUCCAUUUACAGCCUAUUUGUGUGGAUAAGCAGGGAUGCUGCCUUGGUGUAUCACAGCAUGGCCUGGGUUGCAAAGGACCACAAUGCUCAUGCAGUUCCAACCCCCUGCUAUGUGCAGGGUCACCAACCAGCAGCCCAGGCUGCCCAGAGC